UAUGUCAUUACAAUAAUACCACAACAUUCACAUUAAACAAUCGUUACGCGUUAAGAGUGGUCGAAAGCGUUAAGGAAACGGUAUAAAUUUUAAAUAUGACUUUAAACCAUCAACUAUAUACGACAUACAAAAUCCCACUGUACGCUACGGAGUAAGAAGAAGAUGAUACUUUAGAAAGAACUCAAAUGAUCGUCUGAACGCUUGGGUGUCAAUCGCAUCAAAAAUGGCUGUUUCGCAAUUGGUGGAGAAGCUAAAGUUUGGCGACAGGUACGUUUUGGUGAAUUUCGUCGUGAAGCCGGUGGAAGAUCCACCGUAUAGCGGCUCCCGGGUGGGGUUUGGAUUUGCGGAGCGAAACAAGUUUCUCUCGAGCGAAAUAUGGCAUUCGUUCGUCUACCCGAAGCUUCUUGAAAUAUUUGACCAAAAUUUGGCUUUGAUUGGUGAAAACCUUGAUCCGGCGUACGAAAAGGAUAAGGAUUAUUACUUGAAAUGUGUCGAGCGUCCCUACCUGGAAAUGAGGGUUAACAUCCGGGAUGGUUCUUAUCGCAACAGAUUGAACAUUUUGUUUCAAGAGGAGCUGAGAAAUUUACACCAAUCCUGCUUUUUUGUUGAAAUUAGAGAUCAAGGGCGUACUUUUGUGGAGAUGAUUAAGCGUCGCGACGAGUUUAUUGACAAACUGUUAGAUGAGAACAAAAGAAUGAAGGCGCAGAUCGCGGCUCAUGAAUCAGGCGCUCCGAAAGACGCUACCGGAGUAGAAGGAAACGAUCCGAAGCCAGUUAAAGAGCACGUGCCCGAGGCUCCGCCCGCCCAUCCAGCCCUUAUCAAAAGAACCUACAAACCGUCAGCCGAUAGCUCCCAACCCGGUCCUUCAUCCGCACCCGACAUUUACACAACGAAAAUUCUCGGUAAAUCUCCAACACGCCAAAACUCACCAAGCGGCUCAACCCUUUCGCUCGAUGCUGUUAGUAGUACGGACAGUGAGAAUGGGCAGAAGCAAGGUUUUUUCACGGAAAGCCCGGACGAGCAGGCUACACAUCUUCGGAAAACGGCAGACAUACAGAAGCAGGAAGACUUGGGAGGGCCGAGCAAAACGAAAAGGCACAAGGCUAAGAAAACUCAAGGCUCAACCCUUUCGCUCGAUCCUAUUAGUAGUACGGACAGUGUGUAUGCUCCUACUACUUCUACACGGGUAUUACGAGCACGGAGCAGUAAACCGCUGGCGCGAGGUUUUUUCACGGAAAGCCCGGACGAGCAGGCGUGUAAAAUGGCAUGGCAGAAAAUGGCAGACAAACGGAAGCAGGAAGACUUGGGAGGGCCGAGCAAAACAAAAAGCCACAAGGCUAAGAAAGUCACAAACAACGAUCAAGAUGAAAAGGAAGAAGAAAAACCUAAAGUGCUCAAUUGCACCGACAUGCCUGAAUCGGAAAUCUUAGCCACAUUUGCCGAUUACAGGCAGGAGCUGCACGAAAUAUUUCUGAAGCACAAAGAUGAACUAGAAGAGCAGUGGAUGGCGAAUAAGGAGCUGGUCUACUAUACAGAGGUUGCUCACUUGUUUAAUGAGGAUCAGAAGAUGACCAUGAUGCAAGUACUGGAAAAUGAAUUUGUGCCAAUUGAACUGAAUGGAAAGUACACUGAAUUUUUUACCUCCACUCUGCUGAUGGAAUGGAUUAUACGUAUUUUCAUGAAGCGGUACAAAUUUACAACUCGCCAAGAGGCCUUAAAACUUAUCAGGAAGCAGGAAGAGGAGGUCCUUGAAUACAUUGCCAGAGAUUGGUAAUAAGCCACCAUAUGUGAUCUGAUCAUGGUUCCUUAAUAUUUACAUUUGUUUUACAAAUUUCUCAUUGCCAUUUUUUUUUUGUAUUUAAUAAAUACGGCAGUGCGGCCGUUUUGCUUGCUUGCUUGCUACAUUACCCUUUACGCUUAUCUGCUUCCAUCAAUGCUUAUUGCUUAAAAAAAUCAAAAUAUGAAUAAAAAUUCAAUAGCAAGUAAGGAAA